GUGAACGAGUGUGUUUGACGUAAACAAAGCUGGUUUGUCACAGCGUCUGGAGUGACACGUCUUGGGUAUCAGUCGUUUGACAGCCGUUUUGGUACAAGAUGACAUCGCUCGAUUUGCGGCAGCAGAAGCUGGAACAACAGAGGCAAUUAAUUGCGCAAAAAAUGAAGCAAAAAAGGCAAACUGGUGCUGGUGGGAUGGUACAGGCAUCUAAUGUUUCCAGUGCACAGCUUACGUACCAUUCCAACAAAUGGAUGAAUUCAAACAAAGAACUUCAUGCAUAUGAUGGCCCACUACAAUAUAGUAUGUCUCAAGCAUAUGUGGAUGUAGGACCUUACAGAGAAAGGAAAGAUAGCGAAGGGAUAAUUAACGUAGGCAUGAUCAAUGAUAGAAGUCCAUACGAAGGUUCGCAAGGUGCUGAUUGCGCCGAUGAAGAGUCAUCGCCUAUAGACUUGCACUCGCCCGCGGAGACUUUACCAUGUUCCUCGCCACUGCGAGUGGCACCAUCGGAAGACACUACUGCUCUCAGUAGUAGAGACAAGAAUUCUUCCAGUCCAGAAUUAGAAGGCAACGUGGAAGGCAACAUUGAACAGUUCGUGUUGCAGCCAGCGAAUAAGAAGAUGCAUUACAAGUGUCGAAUAACGCGCGACCGAAAAGGAAUGGAUCGUGGUUUGUAUCCAACUUACUUCUUGCAUCUAGAACGUGAUUAUGGGAAGAAGAUUUUUUUACUGGCUGGUCGGAAAAGAAAGAAAAGUGCAACAAGCAAUUACUUGAUCUCGACCGAUCCUACGGAUCUCUCAAGAGGCGGGGAAUCUUAUGUCGGUAAACUUCGAUCGAACCUUCUUGGGACGCAAUUCGCUAUAUACGAUAACGGGUACUCGUUGAUGAAGGAUGACAAGCAGCGCGAUGAGCGCUUUAAUCCGCGGCAGGAACUAGCCGCAGUCGUAUACGACACGAAUGUUUUAGGUUUUAAAGGGCCACGUAAAAUGACUGUUAUUAUACCGGGGAUGACCCCCGAUCAAAAGCGAGUCGAGAUAUGUCCGCGGGAUGAAUCGGACACUUUGCUUGAGCGUUGGAAGUUGAAACAUAUGGACAAUUUAAUAGAAUUACAUAACAAAACUCCUGUGUGGAAUGAGGAGACGCAAUCCUACGUACUUAACUUUCAUGGGCGAGUAACGCAGGCGUCCGUAAAGAAUUUCCAAGUUGUCCACGACAGUGAUGUGGAUUAUGUUGUAAUGCAGUUCGGACGUAUCGCAGAGGAUGUUUUUACGAUGGAUUACAGAUUUCCCCUUUGUACAGUGCAGGCGUUCGCCAUCGCUCUAAGUAGUUUCGACAGUAAAUUAGCCUGCGAAUAACAACGCGAUCGAACGUCACCGAUCGAAUGCAGAUGGUCAGAUAAGUAUAUAUAUAUAUAUAUAUAUAUACUUGCCUGCGAGUUACUACAUCCUAAAUCGUUAGCUUUGUAACGGACAAUCAGUUGAUUGAAGGUACUACGUUGAAUAUUACGUUAAUGAUACUCGGUAUAUCGAACCGUUUUAUAAGAUUACGAUUACGAUGCGACCUAACGAACGAGAUAAAUGUGAAAUGGAAGUCACUAUAAAUGUGUGUUCACUUUCGUAUCUCAUAAUGAAUUUAUUUCUAUGCUAAACGCAUAAUGCGACUAUUGUUCACGAUAUAUUGAUAUAAAAGUGUUGAACCUGCAUAAAAUUCUUGAUAAUAACCGACGUUAUAUUUCAAGUAUCGCGUGUUACUUCCGGCUGCUGUUAGUAAAAAUAAUUAUGCGAAUUCUAUAUCCAGCAAUUUGGAAAACUAAUGUAGUAUAUAUUUAUAUAUUGAAUAUUUAACAUAUUUGAUGACUUUAUGAAUAAUAAUACAUAUACAGGGUGUUUGUGUAAAUGAUAAAUUAUAGUUACCGACAGUCACCGAUUAUUAAACUGUCAUUGUUAUUAGGUGUAUGCGAAAGUUUUAGUUAUUUUUCGCUUUACGCGCAUAAUAUGUGCGAUAUGAUUUGAUAAUUUAGUUAUCAAAAUAUUUACCCCCGCUCUUUAUGAUUUUCUGUCGUCUCUUAGACAAAUUUCGAAUCUUUUUGGCGAAAAAAGUUUUUCCGCAUUUCAGUCUUUACAUUUCGAGAGACUAUUCAGUUAGAGAGUAUUAAGUAAAUAAAUUAAUUGAAAGCAUUAUUUGAAAGUGGUAAUAUCAGAGCGCUAAAAAAAAAGACUAAAACUUUUUCAUACACCUAAUAUUAUAAAGUUCUGAAAUCAUCUAUUCAUCUAUCAUUCUACAUAAAGCACACAUAUAUGUAUGAGAAACAUAUCGAGCACAUCUUUAAUCAAACUUUACUCUCUGAUGAUGUAUGACAAAUUAGUAUUAU